AUUUAAGAUAAAAUAAUGAAAAAAUAUUAAAAUAGUUAUUAUGAAUCCCCCGGGGCCCGAAUAUGUAGCGUCCAAUGCUUAAAUCCGGCAGUAUAUGCCGGUACACAAAUGUGCUCCUGCUCAUGAUUACUUAGUUCCAGGCCCUUCAUAGAGCUCUAAGUAGCCUUGUGCUUUUCAACCAUGCGCCUUCACUUGCUUCUUUUCUUUAUCUUGAUCUUUCAAUCUUGCAGAUCUGUUUCACCACGGCGAAAUGAAACCGAUCGUUUGUGCUUGCUCAAAUUCAAGGAAUCAAUAUCCAAUGAUCCAUAUCAUGUCUUGGAUUCUUGGAAUGCUUCCACACACUUUUGCAACUGGCAUGGAAUCACUUGUGGCCACAAGCAUCAGAGAGUUGCAACGUUUGAGCUAGAAGGAUAUCAAUUGCAUGGCUCUAUUUCACCUUCCAUUGGCAAUCUCUCCUUUCUGAGAAUUAUCAAACUCGGAAACAACAGUUUCCACGGGCAAAUCCCACAAGAGCUGGGUCGCUUGUUUCGGCUACAGGUACUUGAUCUCACCCGUAAUACAUUGACUGGGGAAUUUCCUGUCAACGUGACAAGUUGUUCUGACCUCAAAUAUUUAUCAUUUGGUCGGAAUAAUCUUACUGGCAAAAUACCUGUGGAGAUUAGCUCUUUGCAUAAGCUUGAAGAAUUAUAUUUGCAUAAUAACAAUUUGAAUGGACAGAUCCCAGUUUCUAUGUACAAUCUUUCUUCACUUGCUUUUCUUUUUAUGAUGAAUAAUAACUUGGAGGGAAGCAUACCUGAAGAAAUAGGCCAUAUGAAAAGCUUGGAAACUUUUCAAGUACAUAGCAAUAAGCUUUCCGGCGCAUUUCCUUCCUCACUUUACAAUUUGUCAUCUCUUGUUGAAAUUGCAGUUUCGAAUAAUCAAUUUCAUUGCUCUCUUCCGGCAAGCAUGUUCAACACCCUCCCUUCUUUCAAAUACUUGAUCUUAGGAUUAAAUCAAUUCUAUGGUCCUAUUCCAACUUCCAUUGUAAAUGCAUCCAAACUUCAAAUAAUUUCAAUCCCUGACAAUGAUUUUACUGGGUCAGUUCCCAAUCUUGGAAAGUUGCUUGACCUUUGGAGUCUGGGCUUGGCUGGUAAUAAUCUGGGAAGUAAUUCUGCUAAAGACUUGGAGUUCUUAGAAUCAUUGGUCAAUUGCAGUAAGUUGGAAGAACUAGAUAUGCAAGAUAAUAAUUUUGGGGGCCAUUUACCAAAUACCAUAGGAAAUUUGUCCACCCAACUCAGAAUACUCUCUCUUGGAAUUAAUCAAAUAUCUGGGAAAAUUCCUGCAUCAUUAGGAAACCUCAUUGACUUGAGUGUAUUGGCAACGAAUCAUAAUCAUCUCACUGGCAACAUUCCAUUUACUUUUGGGAAGUUUCAAAAGAUGCAAUUUUUAAGUUUGUCGGGAAACAAAUUGUCUGGAGAAAUUGUUCCUUUUAUAGGCAAUUUUACUCAAUUAUUUCAUUUAACUUUGUCAGACAACAUUUUAGAAGGACAAAUUCCACCAACCAUUGGAAAUUGCAAAAAAUUACAGUUGCUUGACUUGUCACUAAACAAGUUCAGUAGAGCUAUACCAGAAGAAAUCUUUGGUCUUUCAUCUUUAUCAAUAUUACUAAACUUAUCCCAUAACUCAUUGAGUGGUAACAUCUCUAGUGAUGUGGGAAAGUUAACAAAUAUUGGUAAUUUAGAUUUCUCUUGUAAUAAUUUGUCUGGAAAUAUUCCGGAAACCAUUGGAGAUUGCGCAAGCUUGGAGUACAUCCUUUUACAAGGGAAUUUCUUUCAAGAAACUAUUCCUUCAUCUUUGGCUUCAUUAAAAGGUCUACGGUAUUUGGACUUCUCAAGAAAUAACUUAUCUGGGUCAAUUCCAAAAGAUUUGCAAGGUCUUUCUGAUUUAGAGUACUUAAAUGUUUCUUUCAAUAUGUUGGAUGGUGAAGUGCCGAAGAAAGGUGUCUUUAGCAAUGCAAGUGCAAUAUCAUUGAUCGGGAAUAGUGAGCUUUGUGGUGGCAUAUCAGAGCUAAAACUGCCACCAUGCCGUGUAAAUGAUGAGGUGGAAAGAAAGCACCUCAACUUUAGGUUGGUUGUAAUAUUGUGUUGUGUUGUGGCUUUUUCUCUUAUUCUGUCAUCCAUUGUUGUUAUUCAUUAUAAGAAGAAAAGAAGCAAGAAAUCUUCUUUGAGUUCACAUACAGUUGGCCUACUUCCCAAAGUAUCGUACCAAAGCUUACACAACGCCACGGAUGGGUUCUCCACCAGCAACUUGAUAGGAUCUGGGAGAUUUGGCUUUGUAUAUAAGGGAAGUCUUGAGACCCAUGAAGUUGUUGCAAUAAAAGUCCUCAACCUUCAUGUUAAGGGAGCUCACAAGAGUUUUAUGGCUGAAUGUAACUCACUCAAAAAUAGAAGGCAUCGAAAUUUGGCAAAAAUUUUGACAUGUUGCUCUAGCACAGAUUACAAGGGUCACGAUUUUAAAGCUCUAGUUUAUGAGUACAUGGUGAAUGGAAAUUUGGAAAAUUGGUUGCACCCAAGUAUAGAAAAUCAAAGUCAUCAAAGAAUCUUGCUCCUUGAUCAAAUACUGAAUAUUUUGAUUGAUGUUGCGUCUGCAUUACACUAUCUUCAUCAUGAAUGUGAACAACCUCUUGUUCAUUGUGAUUUGAAGCCAAGCAAUGUCCUUCUUGACAGCAACAUGGUUGCUCAUGUGAGUGAUUUUGGAUUGGCAAGACUAUUGUCAACUAGUAAAGGCAUCUCAAAUGAGCAAAGUAGCACAAUUGGAAUAAAGGGUACUAUUGGCUAUAUUCCUCGAGAAUAUGGAAUGCAUGCAGUGAUGUCAAUGCAAGGUGACAUGUAUAGCUUUGGGAUUCUUGUUUUAGAGAUGUUAACGAAAAGAAGACCCACAGAAGACAUGUUUAAAGAUGGGCACAAUCUUCAUAGAUAUGUGGAAAUUGCAUUUCCAGAAAAGCUGUUGCAGGUUGUGAGUCCAUCUAUUCUCCCUAGAGAGCCAGGACAUGGAGAAGCAACAUCAGAAGACAUAUGGGAGAGUAUGAUACAAAUCCACCCUGAUAUAGAGAAAUGCUUAUGUUCCUUAUCCAGGAUUGGACUUGUUUGUUCAACUGAAUCACCACAUGAGAGAAUGAGUGCAGGAGAUGUUAUCAAGGAGCUAAACGCUAUGAGAAGUUAUUUUCCUUUAUGUUAAUCAAACCAUGUGUGGUCCGUCUUCCUGAAUGUAGUUGAAUUGUCAUUAUGAUGCGCCCAACACUGUUUGCUUUAGGCAUGCCUUAUGUAAUUAUUUACUUAGUCAAUAUGUAAUUAGUCAAGUUUUUAGUAGACGUUACAUCCUCAAGUUGUUAUUUUUCUUUUUUUUUUAAUUGAAUGUAGUUUUAUUUUGUUCUUGUUUUGGUUUGUUUUCUUUUGUUUUUUAAAUAAUAUGAAUUAUUUAUUUGUCAACGUGUUGAAUGAAUGUUAUGAAUACACUAAGGCAUUAGCAAUGCAUUGGUAUUAGAGCUCUGCAAAGGAUGGAUCGGACAAGGUUUUAGCUUAACUUGAAGUUUGAUUUUUUUUAUGAAAAAAAUUGAGUUAGGUCUGGUUUGGUUUUAG